AUGACCCCUUUACGCUUAAUUAUCGACCUUAACCGUUGCUUCGAACCCAAUGCUUUUAACACCGGUCCUCCUAUUCCAUCCUCACCCUAUACAAGCACUUCGGGUACUUCAUCACUGUCAGGCGACACAUUCGAGCUCCUGGAAUCACGUUGGAGCACUUCGACCCCCGACUUGACGUCCUCACCGGCCUCUAGUGUCGGGUCUUCACUCCACUCCUUGACAUUAGAAGACGAAGAAAUUCGAAAGAUAUUCGCUAAUCCAGAGUUCGAAUGUACAGCAAACUCUGCUUUCCAGAAAUACGAUACAAACAUCGGAGAAUGCUCGACGUCCGGGAAAGACGAACUCAACCCUCUUGCUGCCCCAUUCACACCGUCUUUUCUACGCGUUUAUUGCCCAGAAACAGUGAAGCCUGUGGACCCUACCUUUCAGCCUUCACCGCUGGAUUUGGGAUUUAAUCCAGUUGAUUUUACGUACCCUUCGCCACAUUCAAACGAAUACGUGCAUCAUGAUUCACACUACCGCCAAUGCGUCCCUCUUCCGGCCGUCUACAGCCCAGGUCCUCUGCGUACGUCUCUUCAACUUGAAAGCGAUGCUUUGGAACUUGCUACAGCUGUCCCGAGAGCGCUUCAAGGUUCCCUUCAGUACAUGCCCCCUGUAUAUUAUCCCCUACUCCAAGAAGCGCUGCUUCCGGAAUCCUCGGAUCGUCUACGAAAAAUUCUCGCUGGAGCAAUUGUAAACGGCUCUACAAAAUGGGACAUUGAAACACUUCUUGAUCUGGCUGAAAUGCUUGGAGAGGAGGCAUGCAAGCCGAAUCAACAUAGCAGCACGACAGGACGUCCAAUAACUGCCUGCGACGCAUCUCGAUACACCCCUAUUAAUGGACUACACGAACUUGAUCUUCAACAAGAUGGUUCAGAGCACCAAUCAUCCGAGAAUGUCGUUGCAGAUGUGGCGAGGCAUCUCUACGUCCAGUUGAACGAGAUACACGAAGAACUCGGCCAAACUUUUGCUUGGAACCUCAGAGAGACGAUUUUAACACGGUUUAUCCAUUGCUGGGAUGGGACGAAACCCAGCUCGAUCAAUUAUAAAAACCGGCCCCAUAUUCACUACGUUCGCUCAGCGCUAACACUCUGCAAAUCCAUUGCUGCCCUGUUCACUCGAGGACUCAUCAUGAAGGCACAUAUCAGCAUGUGCCUCAGUAUUCUCAUGAAGGACCUCAUGUCAGUGGAGCACUUUGAAGCUCUCGCAAUUAUUGUCCUCGGAUGUGGCUCAGAAUUUUGGUGCCCUGCUGCAGGCGAUCCUAUCACAACUGUGGAAGUUGAGGUCGCACCUGGCGGUGUUGUGAACAUGACCGACGGGAGCCUCCUGCUUUCCACCAGCCAGGAGCGAGCAACUGUCAAAGUCCUCGAAAGCGACCACGUUACGUACUUUCUUUCAGGUCUGGCAGCUAAUGUUGCUGGCAGAAAUUUGAGGGGAGAGGAGAGCGUUGUAGGUCAAGGGUGGGGGAAAGGACAGCUCGCCGCGAGAAUCAGAGAGUUAGUGGACUCCGUCAAGCUCUGGGAAUCGAUUUUGAUGAAUCCAUCUACCGUUCCCGCUUCAUAG